AUGGGUUGGCGUUCACUCAACCAAAACGCCCAUCAAUUCAGAAGCAUAUUUGUGUCGAUCACAGCUUUUAUCGGAGAUCUCGGCAAUAUUGUCGCUGAUCUGAAAGGCAUCAGUCGAGUGAAUAUUAUUGAUCAAAAAGUGUCAUUAAUCGGCAAAUAUAGUGUAAUCGGCCGCUCAUUAGUUGUACACAAAUUUACCGAUGACUUGGGCUCCGGACUAAACCGAGAGAGCAAAACAUCGGGCAAUUCUGGCGGACGACUGGCCUGUGGAACCAAAGUUUGA